UUACAAUAUCCGGUUUCAAUCGUCACAACAGAAAAUGAGAGACAAAGCGGAGGGGGACACUCCGAAAAUACAUAACAAUCACUGUCCAAACAAAGGAUUAAGGUUUGGAAAUUAUUCAUAUUUGUAUUAAAAAUCUCACAGUGGGAAACUGAUUAUAAGGGGAGGCUUCUUCAGCAGAAGUUGGCUGUGGUGUAAGGGGGAGCCGUGAGCUGAGGCAGAUUCAGCAAUGGCAGAAGUGGAUCCAGAAACCCUACUGGAGUGGCUCCAGAUGGGGCAAGGGGAGGAGAGAGACAUGCAGCUCAUAGCCCUUGAGCAGCUGUGUAUGCUCCUUCUCAUGUCAGACAAUGUGGAUAGGUGUUUUGAGAGUUGUCCACCAAGGACUUUUCUUCCUGCAUUAUGCCGUAUCUUUCUUGACGAGCAUGCUCCGGACAACGUACUGGAAGUGACUGCCCGAGCCAUCACCUACUACCUAGAUGUCUCGGCAGAAUGCACCCGUAGGAUCGUGGCCGUAGAUGGCGCUGUCAAGGCCCUUUGUAAUCGUCUGGUUGUUGUAGAGCUCUCUUGUAGAACCAGCAAGGAUUUGGCCGAACAAUGUAUCAAGGUCCUUGAAUUGAUGUGCACACGGGAGUCUGGAGCUGUGUUUGAGGCUGGAGGUCUGCAUUGCGUUCUGUCUUUCAUACGAGAUAAUGGCUCCAUGAUCCACAAGGAUACUCUACACUCUGCUAUGGCAGUUGUCUCCAGGCUAUGUGGCAAGAUGGAGCCUUCAGACACCUCAUUAGAGACGUGUGUAGAGUCCCUCUCAACCCUCCUCAAACAUGAAGAUCCACAUGUUGCUGAUGGAGCCCUACGCUGCUUUGCAUCCCUCGCUGACCGCUUCACAAGGCGUGGGGUAGACCCUGCCCCUCUUGCCCGUCAUGGACUGACCAAUGAGCUCCUAGAACGUCUGGCCAAUUGUGGCCAACCUGCCUCCUUUACCACCACCACUACCCCAUCCAGCACCCCUCGGCCAGCAGCAGGGGCGACACCAGACUCCAAGAGCAACCCUAACAUCUCUACUGUUAUCAGUCUACUAUCAACUCUAUGUAGAGGUUCACCGACUGUUACUCAUGAUUUAUUGCGAUCAGACCUCCCUGCAUCAAUAGAAAAGGCUCUCAUGGGUGAUGAAAGAUGUGUCCUGGACACCAUGCGUCUGGUAGACCUCCUUCUGGUGCUUCUGUUUGAGGGGCGUAAGGCUCUCCCCAAGUCCAGCAUUGCCCCUAGGCUUCGUAGCAGUACUACGGGUCUACGUCGCCUUGACAGCGCUGGAGAACGCACCCAUCGUCAUCUCAUUGACUGUAUCCGUAGCAAGGACACCGAUGCUCUCAUCGAUGCUAUAGAUACAGGAGUUGAGGUAAACUACAUGGAUGAUGUAGGCCAGACCUUGCUCAACUGGGCUUCAGCCUUUGGAACUCAGGAAAUGGUUGAGUUUUUGUGUGAAAGAGGAGCUGACGUCAACAGAGGUCAAAGGUCAUCUUCUCUACACUAUGCUGCAUGCUUUGGUAGACCUCAAGUAGCCAAGACCCUGCUUCGUCAUGGUGCUAAUCCUGAUCUAAGGGAUGAAGAUGGUAAAACUCCUUUGGACAAGGCUAGGGAAAGAAAUGACGAAGGUCAUCGUGAGGUCAUGCAGAUUCUACAAUCUCCAGGUGAAUGGAUGGUGCCUGUAUCAUCAGCCACAGAGUCUACCAUCACGAGCCCAGAGGAAAUCAAACCAGAGGACGGGGAUAGGGAACCCAAGGGAGACCCUGAGAUGGCUCCUGUUUACCUCAGGAAAAUGCUGCCUAUCUUUGCUCAAGUCUACAACAACACCAUGAUGCCUUCAGUCAGGAAAGCUACACUAGCUCUUAUACGUAAGAUGAUCCACUAUGCACCGUCCAGGCUUCUAUGUGAGAUCUGCUCAGGAGAUCUAUUAGGCUUCACACCCGUCUUGGUUGAAGUACUAGCAGCAGUCCUAGAUCAUGAGGAUGAUGACGAGGGUCACCUGACAGCCCUCCAGAUCAUUCAAGACCUGAUGUACAAGGGCCAGGAUCUGUUCCUGGACCACUUUGCCAGACUAGGUGUGUUCAGCAAGGUAUCUUCCCUAGUUGGACCUCUAGAUGAGGACAGAGAGGAGGAAGGGGCCACUGCUCAAGUCAAGAGGGAGAUCCCUGAUGAUCAACACCACCAACUGCAGCAGCAGCAACACCAUCAACAUAUGCAACAACAACAACAGCAACAUCAACAACCGCAGCUACAGCAGCAACCCCAGACACAGAGGAUGGAUGAUUCUAAGGAGGUUGUAGCAGGUCGACCUUACAGCUGGAAAGAUUGGUGCUUAGCCCGGGGUAGGGAUUGUCUCUAUAUCUGGAGCGAUGCUGCUGCGUUGGAGCUCUCCAAUGGCAGUAACGGCUGGUUCAGGUUUAUCCUGGAUGGCAAACUGGCAACCAUGUACUCCAGUGGUAGCCCUGAGGGAGGCUCUGAUAGCUCAGAGAGUCGUAGUGAGUUCCUUGAGAAGUUACAGCGUGCCAGGAGUCAAGUAAUGCCUGCUAUUCAGACCCAACCUAUCCUCUCCAUACCUGGUCCAACCAAGCUAGUGGUAGGUAACUGGACACUACAGUGCAAGAAAGAAGGUGAACUGGUCAUUCACAACUCAGACGGACAACAGCAACAAGCAACAGUUCUGAGGGAGGACCUAGCUGGAUUCAUCUUUGAGUCUAAUCGUGGGACUAAGCACUCUUUCAUCGCAGAGACCUCACUAGGUCCAGAGUUUUCUACUGGUUGGACUGGAAAGAGAGGAAGGAGGUUUCGAUCUAAACUGGAACAGGUCCAGCAAAAGGUGAAGACACUUGCUCGUGAGCUGUAUGAAGGUUACUUCAAGGUCGCAGAGUCUCAUCCCAGAGACGUGGUAGCUAAACUCAACUCCAUUGUGAUGCAGCUAGAGGCUGCAUGUGACCUCUACAAUGACCCCAUCAAGGGCAUUGAUGAUGAGCAAGGCUGGAUGGAGGAGAUGAAGGGCGCUCUCGAGACUCUAACCUGUCUCCUACGAGAGGAGAACAACAUCUCAGCGUAUGAGCUACACAGCAGUGGCCUGGUACAGGCUCUUCUCUACUGCCUCAGUGAUGGCUAUGAUCAUGUUGCUCUUCAUGACCGCUACAUCAAGGAGAGAGUGGCUCUCUUCAAAUCAUCCUUCAGAGAUAACAAUGAUGAAGAUGGUGGUGUUUCUCCUUCUGUGAUGCUUGUACGUAAGCUGGUAGCUGUUCUGGAAUCCAUUGAGAGACUUCCUCUUUUCAUCUAUGACUCUGCUGGUUCUAGCUAUGGUCUUCAGGUUCUUACACGGAGGCUGAGGUUCAGAUUGGAGAGAGCUACAGGAGAGACCGCCCUCAUUGACAGAACUGGAAGAACAUUGAAGAUGGAACCUCUUACUACUGUGGCCAGUCUAGAGAGAUACUUACUCAAGAUGGUUGCCAAGCAGUGGUAUGACUAUGAGCGAACAAGCUUCACAUUUGUACAUCGUUUGAAGGAAGCACAGUCUAUCACGUUCAGACACACCCAUGACUUUGAUGAUAAUGGCAUCGUCUAUUGGGUGGGAACUAAUGCAAAAACUGCGUAUGAAUGGGUCAACCCUGGUCAAUAUGGUCUGAUAGUGGUCAGUAGCUCUGAUGGACGAGGUCUUCCCUACGGCCGUCUAGAAGACAUCCUGAGUCGUGACUCAUCGGCUCUCAACUGUCACACCAACGAUGACAAGCGUGCUUGGUACUCCAUCGACCUUGGCUUAUGGGUGAUACCAUCUGCCUACACUCUACGUCAUGCCAGGGGCUAUGGCCGCUCUGCCCUGAGGAACUGGCAGUUCCAGAUGUCCAAGGACGGCAUCAGCUGGAUGACCCUACUCACUCACACCGAUGACUGCUCUCUCAAUGAACCAGGAUCCAGCGCCACAUGGCCUUUGGAACCCUCAACCAGUGAGAAGAAAGGCUGGCGUUACAUUCGUCUUCAGCAGAUGGGCAAGAAUGCCAGCGGUCAGACCCACUAUCUCUCACUCUCUGGAUUUGAACUAUAUGGCACCGUCACUGGGGUCGUGGAAGAGAACUUAAGUGUUGCUCCAGCCAAAGUGGUGAAGGACCCUGAAUCAAGUAUGAGGAAGCAGCGUAAGCUGGUGCGUUCACAGGUUCUUCGUCAGAUGGUGAUGGGACAGAGAGGGCGGAGUACUGAUUGGAGAUGGAGAGAGUUUGAAGGAGCUCACCAAGCCGAGGGUCUGGCCUCUAGUGAGAGAGAAUCAUUGGUAGCUGCAGUGUUGAAAGCAGCUGCACAGAACGAGCCCCUCCCCUCCAGAGAGCCCCCUCCUCUCCCCCGCAUGAAGACGGUCACCAUCCCAGGUACCAGGAGCCCCUCUGUCACAAGCUCCAUACCUGGAUCCACACCAGGAGCUACAGGACCUAUCCUGGGUCGGAAUAAGAGCAACUCCACACCUAGCCUCAGUGCAGGAGAGGGACCAGAUGCUGGCACUGCUUGUAAAGAUAAAGAUCACGCCUCCACUUCCGAUCUCUCAGCUCCCAGUCUAGCAUCAGCAGCCGUUGUGAUGGAGAAUCAGCUGAUGCGAUCCGGUCUGGAAGCAGUGCUGGCAGAGACAGAAGCAGUGGUCGAUGGUGCUGUCAGCGCGGUGUUGAGCGGAGGAAGGAAUAAGAGAUUGGCUACAGACUCAGAGAAGGCUCUUUCUGAGGCCAUAGAGCUGCCCCCUCCUACAGCAGGUACCGGCUCCACCCCUGUGCUGCCCCCUACCACCAGCAGUAUGAGUGUUAGUGUACCCAACCUAAGCAGUAACCAGGAUGUAGUGUCCAGUCUAGCAGAUACCUUCCCAUCUCUGAUGAGACAGAGCAGGGGUAGUGUAGGCAGCGGUAACAGUACCCUCUCAAACCGGACCAACACCUUUACUUCCAGCUUUGUCAGGUUCCCUUACUCCUCAUCUGGCCUGCCUAGCAACAACUACCUGAGCAGCGCCCAGAGUGCUCCUAACUUGCCUGGUGCCACCACCACCUCCAUGCCUACAUCAGCCAGCACUGUCCUGACGAGUACCCUAAGCUCAGCCCUGGCUACCUCCCUCACAUCCACCUCUAGUGAGAGUGAUAAUGAGUUCUUAGAGCCCUGUCCUACCAGCUCACUCAUGGCCGAGCUGGAGGAUGAGGAGUUCCCAGAGCCGGAGGAUCUCGAUGAUGAGAAUGAGGAUGAUAGUGACGGAGAGGACUAUGAUGAUGGAACGGAGGAAGAGGACUAUGAUAGCCGAGGUGUGAGACGUAAGACAUGGGAUGAUGAACAUGUAUUGAAGAGACAGUUCUCUGCUCUGGUACCAGCCUUUGAUCCUAGACCUGGCAGGACCAAUGUCCAGCAGACUACAGACCUUGAGAUACCUCCACCAGGUACACCCGAUACAUCAUUUAGAGAUGAGACUGAUAGCACUCCGACACCAAGACUAGGACUCUUCUUAAGAGGACCUGGACUACAAGGGGUACAGGAGACCGAGGUAUACUGUGAGGAUCUACGAUCCACCAUCUUCAGAUACGUUCAGAUGCUGUACCAGCAGACACCUACUGGCACCAAACAUGAUAGGUUACGCAGGAUAUGGGAGCCCACAUACACAGUUGUAUACAGGGAAUCACGACCCCAGGAUGAGAGCACUUCAAGUGUAGAAAACACAGAGGGACCAUGGACUGUAGGCUUUGUACAGAGACAUCUAGGCACCGAGAGACUACCUAAGACAGAGCUUAUCAUGUACCUACAGGAGAAGGCAGAUGCUCAGUUCCUUAGGAGAUGGAAGCUGACUAGUAAUGCUACUAAUAUACGCAGGACCAGGAACUCAUCUAGACUAAUCGCUGCAUACAGGGAAUUCAUCCAGCUUGGUCUAGCCAGACCAUCUAGCCAACAGCGCCUAAGCCAGGACUCUGGGCAUGUACUGAGUGAGAGUGAUGGUGGUAGUCUGAAUGCUGGGGGUAAGGAGACUGGUGCUUGCAGUGUAGAUGAUGUCUUACAGCUCCUCAGGAUUCUCUAUGCCAUUGCUACAGAUGUUGGGUCCACAGAUCCAGAUGGUCAUCGCUUCAAUGUACCACCUGAAGAGUUCUACAGUAAAAAGAUCACUAACAAGCUAGCUCAGCAAGUGCAGGAUCCUCUGGUUCUUGCAAGCUUAUCUCUGCCUAAGUGGUGUGAGAGACUGACUAAUAGAUGUCCAAUGCUCUUCCCAUUUGAGACCAGGCAACUCUACUUCACAUGUACUGCAUUUGGUGUAUCAAGAGCCAUAGCGUGGCUGCAGGGGAAACGUGAGGCCAACACUGAACGUGUGAGGACUCCUAGCACUAGACGAGAUGACCAUCAUGAGUUCCAGGUUGGACGUCUCAAACAUGAAAGGGUCAAAGUACCGAGAGGAGAGCAGUUAGUUGAAUGGGCCAUCAAUGUGAUGAGACUUCAUUGUGCAAAGAAGUCUAUACUAGAGGUUGAGUUCCUUGGAGAGGAAGGAACAGGUCUUGGUCCUACUCUAGAGUUCUAUGCUCUGAUAGCAGCUGAGCUCCAGCGUAAGAGUCUAGGAAUGUGGUUGACUGAUGAUGAAAUAGCAGAUGACCUGUCAAGAAAGGUUGAUCUUGGUGAAGGUGAGAAGCCCCCUGGUUACUACAUCCAGAAAGCCUCAGGUCUCUUCCCUGCUCCCAUCAUCCAAGACAGUGAAGAGAUCUCUCGCAUUGAGCAACUCUACAACUUCCUUGGUACCUUCCUGGCAAAGUGCCUCCAGGACAAUCGCAUGGUAGACAUCCCCCUCUCAAGACCCUUCCUCAAACUCAUGUGCAUGGGUGAGACAGGUAGUACCCACCUCUACUACACCUCUACGCAUGAAUCCUACACCUCACCACGAGACUCGGAGGUCUUCUUCGCUGAGAUGCAGCAGACGGAGGCCUCACUGGAGAGCAUGAGUGAGCUCAUCUCUGAUCUGGCCAUCGACAGCGGUAACGAGUCCAAGGAGCUCAUCCUAGCAGCAGACCCACCCAAACCAUGUACCCCAGCCUGGUUUGCAGGUGUCUUGACCUGGUCUGACUUUGAGUUGAUUGACCCUCAUCGUGCAAGAUUCCUUCAGCAUCUUCAAGAGAUGGUGGAUCGUAAGAGACAGAUCCAGCUGGAUGGAAGUAAGACAGAGGAGGAGAGGAACAAUGAGAUUCAGAACCUCUGUCUUGAGACUUCACCUGGAUCAGGGGUACCUGUUAGGCUUGAGGAUCUAGGGUUGACAUUCCAGUUCAACCCGUCCUCCAAAGUUUAUGGUUACCAUAGCUUCAACCUGAAACCCAACGGUGAUGAUGAGUGUGUGAGUCUAGACAAUGCUGAGGAGUACAUCGAGCUGGUAACUGAUUUCUGUCUUCAUACUGGUAUCAGGAGACAGAUGGAGGCUUUCAGAGAUGGCUUCAAUCAAGUGUUCCCCAUAGAGAAGCUUCAUAGUUUUAGUCCAGCUGAGUUCCAGACUAUCCUAUCUGGAGACCAGGCUCCAUCAUGGACUAGGGAUGAUAUCCUCAACUAUACUGAACCUAAACUAGGCUAUACCAGAGAAAGUCCUGGCUUCCAACGCUUUGUCAAUGUCCUGAGUGCAAUGAAUGGUGAUGAGCGCAAGUCCUUCCUUCAAUUUACCACCGGCUGCUCCUCUUUACCCCCCGGUGGUCUGGCUAACCUUCACCCUCGUCUGACCAUCGUCCGCAAGGUGGACGCUAAUGACCAUACCUACCCAUCGGUCAAUACCUGUGUCCACUAUCUCAAGCUGCCAGAGUACUCCAACGAGGACACCAUGAGAGAGAGGCUGCUCAGCGCUACCAAGGAGAAAGGAUUCCAUCUUAAUUAACCCCACCUCCACCACCAUCUCAAAGACUCUUGAAAUAUUAGCUGGAUUGUGAAUUGACCUAGGCUUAAUUUAUAUAUUCCUUGAGAGUCAUGCUCUUGCAGACUCUUUUGGUAUCGUAGAUCGAUGAUUGAUUUUAAGGAAACCCUGAAGAUUCUAGGAGGGGCAACUAGACUAUAGGAGACUUCUCAUGAAAGGAGGUAAACACCUGAAUUAAACCUCUGCUUCUCAAGACUGGAAGAAUUGAAAAAGAACUCUGAAUAGUGGAGACAGAUUAUUUAUUGAUACGAGGAAAGAAAGACAGAAACUGCAAUUAUCUCAACAUAAAUCUUAUUAUCUCAUUUUCUGUGGAGUGAUAGAGUUUGCUGUAUUUUCAAGAUACUGCAGAUUAUGGGUGAUUUUUAGAGGGUUUUUUUUAAACAAAAAAGGAGGCUCCAAUAUAAUGGUUUUAGUGGCUAAAAACUUCAGCUCAAUAAAUUAGGAAGCUCUAAGUUAAAUUUGAUUCUAUUAUUAGAAGAAAUCCUAGAGUUCUCAUCUCUAUAUGAUCUGGUUGUGGGCUCGUCUUCUAUUCUUAGUGUUGUGGUUGUUGUUAUAUGGAUUAAGAAUUUGAGAGAGUAAUAAUUAAUUAUGAUCAAUUGGUUAUAUGCAGUGAUGGCAACUAAACAACACAUUGUGCAGUAGGUUAUUGACUACUGUAACAAACCACUAUAUCUGCAAUCUUUGUCUCUCAUUGACGACUAUCGCGCUAUAUUUUUGAAAAGAAACAAUAUACCUUUGGUGUGAAGAAGAAUUGAAAUGGUUUUCCGUACCUCUGUAGUGUUGUAUACAUGUAAGCACAUCAUGGUUAUGACAUGUGAUAUAACAAGCUCUAUUUUUUGGAGUUGUUGCACAAAAACUUUAUAUUUUGUACUUGAUGACAUUGAUUUUACCUCAUUACUUCAGAUGUUCAGAUUCAGAAGGUUUUAAAGACAAAUGAUGUAAUGCUUUCUUCCUGCCCAUAAAGGAAAUGCAAACAGCUUCUCUGCUUCUCUGGCAUUGCGUUCUGUGUUUGCUUACUGCAAGAGCACUGUUGCAAAUUAAAUCUAUAACCAAAGACAAAGAUUUAUUAACACUUCUGACUUCCAUUCAGUUAUAGAAAUAUGAAGAUUAUUUUACUCUAGUCAAGAAAUAUUUAAGGUAGAAUAAUUGCACCAUAUUUGAUUUAGAUUCAUUUUGCACCAUAGUUCUUAUUAUGAUUAUCUCAAUUUUUUCUUAUUUAUGAAUCAGCAUUUGAAAUUUUGAGUAGCUUUUUUUUUUUAAAUCUUGUUCAUUGUGGAUUAGUGAUAACUUCCAAACUUAGCUCUCCUUUUAAAAUCAGCUUUUAUUUUUUUGAAGUUCUAGUUAUUUUUGCUCUCUUUGAUACUAUUUGUUUUUGUCAAUUGGACAAUUUAAGGAUUAUGGAUAGAUAAUUUGACAUCUUUGCACCCCUUUUUUUCAGGGGUAAAUAGCAUUUUCUCAAACAUUUGUUCAUAAGAGCCACCAUAAGAAAGUUGGACAAGUCACUUUUUAGCACCAUCAUUUUGAUAGGAAGUGGUUUUUUUUCAUUUUUUCCUUCCAAUAUUGAAUUUUAAAAGGCUCUUACUUCAUCUUAUAUUAAUAUUUUGUUUGAAUUACAAGGUUUAAUUCUUAAACUAAGCUCUCUGCUGUGUUUUGGACUACUCACAAAGUUGAGGAAAGACUUGUCACAUGACAUAUUAGAAUGUCAAUAUGAAAGCCUUUAUUAGUUCACGAUUGCAAGAGGCUGUGUUUAAAUGCCAAUGCUCAUGUGAUAUUUAUUGUUUCAUAUUGAUUUAGAUAAAGUAUCCUAGUGAAACAUGAGUUAAUACUUUGUGAUUCAAAUCAGGAUGAUAAUUUGUCUCAUCUAUUUUUUUUGUCACUACUUUUCUCUGUGCAAGCCAGAUCGGUAUUACAUAAAUACUUAGCUUACAAUUUUUUUUUUCUUUUUCAAUUUAUACUUUUUUUGCACCCACUUUAAGCAAGGAUGUUAUUGUAGUAUUUUAUGUACAUCAUAAGAGAUUUACUUUGGCAAAGUUUUGUUGGUUUGCAGAAACACAUAAAAAGGAACUACAGAUAUGAUUGAAUAUUUGGAUUAUGUUUCAAAUUAACAAUAUUUCCACAAAUGUAUCACUCUCUUUCUUUUCUCUCUCUUGUCUGAAAUAUUACAUUUUGAUUUCUGAACAUCUGCUUGCUUGCAUUCAAAGGCUGUGUAGGAAAAUCUGUUUUUGCAUUUGAACAUUGUAGUUUCUGUCUCCUAGGUCUUUUACUUCUGACUAUCUAUCCUACAGGAGGGAGACAUGGAAUGUAAUAGCUUUGAAAUUAAAUCUGUCACUAAAAGUGAGCCUGUCUGAAAAUCCCCACGCAAAUGAAACAAGUGAAUCAAGUGUCCUUACUCACUCAUUAUAAGAAAUUAUUUAUUAUCAUAAAAGUUAUAUAUUAGUCUAUGAUGGUAUAUGGUCCAUUACUAGUUUCACCAGUUUACUUGCGAUCCCUGAAGAAGGAGCACAUUGCUCCUAGAAUCGAUGCUCGUGAUAUGUGAUAUGUGAUUUAUGUAGAUUUUGGACAAGUUUUACUUGCUUUUGAUAUUGUGUCAGAUAAUUUCUUAUGUGCAUGCUACUUUGCAUUUAUGACUUUACCAGAAGGGUCAUCUUUCAAGAACCUAAGUGGAGACUGUGUCAUAGUGCAAGUCAGUAGAUCAUGCAAAUGCAUGAACUUUGUUUUCUCACUUUUUAUUUUCAAUUGAUUGGCAAACUUAUUGAGAGCAGAAUGGCAAGUAACUUGGAUUUGAAGAAACAGAACUUAUUGUGAAAUGUGUAAUUAUGAAAACUUUUCCUUGUCUACUAUAUGACUUUUCUUUGCUAUUGAAUAUAAAGGUGUAUAAGCAAGUUAUGUUAAAAUGUGCAAAUGGUAGGUAAUCUUUACUGGAUGAUGAUGAUAUAUGUAUUUGUAGUUUGGAAGACUGAUGGACGUGUGUUUCCUUUUGUAUAUUGCUCGUAUGUGAGUAUAUAAAUGCACAGAAGUAUUCAAUAAAGGACUUUGUGCUCUGUCAAACAA